AUGGGAAAUGAAUCGUCGGUUACCUAUGGAACAAAGCUUUUGAACGAUAUAAAGGUUGAAUGGAAGAAUGUGGAAACGCAGGCCAAAUUGCCAUCUCGAGACGGCCAUUGUGCAGCGGCGAUGGCAAAUAAACUUUACGUUUUCGGAGGAGUUCGCUGGCUUUCCGAUAUCUCCGAAUCAACAGAAUCGAACGAGAUACUCGUUUUCGAUGUUGGUAAGCUGUUUUAACAAUUAAAAUAAUUGUAACUUACGUGAAAAUUGUUGUUUUGAUCUGUGUCUGCAUGACACGGUCGAUUUUAAUCGAUGCAAAUAAGGUAGGCUUUAUGUCCUGUUAUAACCUUUUUUAUGUGCUGAUCAUUUCCUUGGGUGUAAGUAUAUGCAGUAAAAUGCACUACAGUGUAUACUACGGUGGCCCACAACUGUCACGGCAAAACUAAAAACCUCACGGCAAAAACAAAAUACCUUACGGCAAAACCNUUUCGAUGUUGGUAAGCUGUUUUAACAAUUAAAAUAAUUGUAACUUACGUGAAAAUUGUUGUUUUGAUCUGUGUCUGCAUGACACGGUCGAUUUUAAUCGAUGCAAAUAAGGUAGGCUUUAUGUCCUGUUAUAACCUUUUUUAUGUGCUGAUCAUUUCCUUGGGUGUAAGUAUAUGCAGUAAAAUGCACUACAGUGUAUACUACGGUGGCCCACAACUGUCACGGCAAAACUAAAAACCUCACGGCAAAAACAAAAUACCUUACGGCAAAACCGAAAACCUCACGGCAAAAACAAAAUACCUCACGACAAAACCAAAACCCUCACGGCAAAACCAAAGACCUCACGGCAAAACCAAAUACUUCACAGCAAAAACCAAAUACUUCACAGCAAAAACCAAAUACUUCACAGCAAAAACCAAAUACCUCACGGCAAAACCAAAGCUAUUUUGUUUUUGCUGUGAAGUAUUUGGUUUUGCCGUGAGGUUUUUAGUUUUAGCUUAUCAGCGAAAUGUAGAAACCAUACUAUAGCAACCAACAAUGCAUUUAAAGCAAAUACAUCUUUGCUUUCCCCCCUAGAUUCACAGUCUUUGAGCAAGAUUGUAACUGGUGGUGAGUUGCCAUCAGCCAGGUCUUCUGCUGCAAUGGCGGCUGUUGGAAAGAAACUGUAUGUUUUUGGUGGACUUAGCAGAGACAGUGGAUGGUUUAAUGAUCUGUAUGCUCUUGAUACAGGUGAGCAUUAGUACACUUAAUGUGGCAGGAGACUUAGAAAUUGUUUGAAUUAGUUUUAACAGACUGGCAAAAAAAUAUUAGGGAGAUCAUAUAUUAUAGCUUAGACCUUUUAUGUCUGCCUAAGAUAGGAUAAUCUUUAUUUAAACACAUGACAUCAGUGAGCCUGAAGAAGGCUCGUUACAAAAAUGUACGUGUAUAUGUAAUGUACGUGUAUCAGUCUUUUUCCACAAACUUCUAAUUCAAUGAAGUUGGGUGAUGCUACUAUUAAGGUCGAGGCCUGUCGCUCUUCCCAUUCCCAGUCAAUUAUAAUUGACCAGGUAAGGAUAAGGGAGGCAAGGCCAAGCAUCAUACAACACUGCAUAGUGACACAGCAUCAUAUGUACUGUAAAGACAAAGGCCUAUUACCACUAGCAUGAUCCUAUAAGGUUUGAUUUUAGGACCCUUGUUGUCGAUCCAGUGACCUUCUGCUAAGUGGACCAUAACAGAGGUGUGCUGUGCUGAGGUCCUACAUGCCACUGUCAUCAAUCACAAACUUAGGGUGUUUCAUUAUAGACUGAUUCAGUUCCUUUUUGUCACCAAAUUAAUUUUGUAAUGAGCCAACUGGUUUGUCUUCUGCCAAUUUUGAUUUGAAUAUUGAAUGGGGGACAGAUGUUAAACAAUAUUUUUGCAGCUGAAAACAUCUAAAUGCAGUGACUUAGUGCUUUAAAUAUGUAUUUUUUUACUUUGACUUUUUCACCAACAAUCGAAAGGUGUAAAUAAGAGUAAUUAUUUAUCUAUACGUAUGUAGGGUUGAGCUAGUACCCAUGUGGCAAAAUGUAAAGGAGUGGAAAUCAAAAAUAGUCAAUCCCCUUUAAUGGUUACAUUGUAAAUCCCUAUACUUUGCUUUUUUUACUUCAGAAACAAAGCAGUGGGAAAAAAUUGAAUGCAUUGGUGUUCCUCCAUCCCCGCGUGACAAGUUAACAUCUGUUGCAAAAGGAACCAAGAUUUUCUUUUUUGGCGGAUUUGGCCCUUUGGAGGAUGCAGAAACUGAAGAUCAAGAAGGAGCAGCGUUUGGGUGGUUCAAUGAUCUCUUCAGUUUUGAUACUGGUAUGCACAUAAAUUUUGUUACAGUAGGAUAGAUCUUUCCUGGGCACUAAUGCAAGAAUUCCAGAAUAUCAAUGCUGUCACCAAUGGCAGAUCCAGACCUUCAGAUAAGGGGGGGUGGGGCAGUCAUCCAGACCCUGAGAUAAGGGGGAAGCCUGGUCUUUCAGGCCUCAGUUUGGUCUACAAAUAAGGGGGGCCUGGGCCCCUCCCCUGGAUCUGUCACUGGUUGCUUAGGGCCUGAUGGAUUAUGCCUGGUUAUAAAAAAUGUUACACCCAGCUUCUCGGGUAGAAAAAUAAUGAAUAGCUGUCGUUGUCAAAUCUCCAGUUGUUUUUUCCAUAUUUUUCUCUCCUAAAUCAAACAGAAUUGAUAUUCCAGACAUAUACAAUUUUUUACCCCACAGACACUCAGUAAAAUUUUUGUGGGGUAGAGAUGGGUGCCAAAGGGGAUCAGGUGGAGGUCAGUCUUCAAAGUUGAUUCGAAGGUUUAUCGGUAAACAUUUAAAUGACAAGUCUGCAGCUAUAAACUGAAUUGACAUUCAAGCAAUAAUAGUUCUUUUGUGAGGAAGUCAAUUCAACUUUUAAUUUGGUCCCUGUUAUUAGUUUGGAGUGGGUGUCUUUUAUUAGAUUUUUACUCUUACGAAUAUUAACAAUAUUUUUCAGAGAACUGUACAUGGGAAAAACUAUCCCCUCCAUUUACUGGGUGCCCAACACCUAGAGCAGCUCAUGGAAUGUGUGCUGUUGGAUCCAGAAUUAUUAUCUUUGGAGGCAGAGACAGUGUUGGCAGGAAGAAUGAUCUCUUUAUUUUGGAUACAGGUGANAAAGGGGAUCAGGUGGAGGUCAGUCUUCAAAGUUGAUUCGAAGGUUUAUCGGUAAACAUUUAAAUGACAAGUCUGCAGCUAUAAACUGAAUUGACAUUCAAGCAAUAAUAGUUCUUUUGUGAGGAAGUCAAUUCAACUUUUAAUUUGGUCCCUGUUAUUAGUUUGGAGUGGGUGUCUUUUAUUAGAUUUUUACUCUUACGAAUAUUAACAAUAUUUUUCAGAGAACUGUACAUGGGAAAAACUAUCCCCUCCAUUUACUGGGUGCCCAACACCUAGAGCAGCUCAUGGAAUGUGUGCUGUUGGAUCCAGAAUUAUUAUCUUUGGAGGCAGAGACAGUGUUGGCAGGAAGAAUGAUCUCUUUAUUUUGGAUACAGGUGAUUGAAAUAAAGUUUUCACUCAUUAUCAGUUGACGCACUUGUAAAUUAAGUGAUAUUUGCAAGUCGUUUUAAGUUGUGUGGGGCCUAGUAUACUUAGUAGGCGGUUCAUGAGGACCACUUUCAGGUACAAUAUGAAAUCUGGGACAAUCUAAGGCUAGGUAACCUACAUGUAUGUCAUGAAAGCAUGGCAGACAUAUUUUGUAAAACUAGGCUGUUGAUCCAUUCAAAAGGGGCCUAAGCAAUCCUGGAACAUUUGGGCACUGUCACCCUGAAAGAAUUUCAGUGGAAAUAACUUAAUGGAUGGGCUUGGGUCCAGAAUUGUUUUUGCCACCAACCAAGAUCUUUUUUUCUUAUCAUAACCUUUAGUGAUGUUUCCUUUAGUUGAAAUUUUUAUUGUAAGAUAGAUUAUUUAAAAUGUAUGUUUUUUUAAACAAUGUCAAAUAAUUCUUUAAUUCCUUUUGUUAAGUAUUAUUUGUAAAAUACAGGGCCCCUAUGGAUACCAGCCUUAAAGCUGAUUGGACCACCCUGUUGAAAAUGUAAAUUAAAAUGAAACAACUAGAUUUUCUUUCUAUAUAAAUCCUGAUUCUUCAAAUUUAGGUUGAAUGGGUUAUUUCAAUAAUAAUUUUCUCUCAAGUAGCAUUGACAUUUGGAAUUUAAUAAUUUUUAGAAACAAUGGAGUGGAUCCCAACACCAACCACAGGACGACAACCAGAGCCUCGUUCUUUUCACACAUGUACUGCUGUCGGCAACAGAGUAGUUGUUUUUGGAGGAAGAAGUUCAGAGAAUGCACAUUUCAAUGAUUUGCAUAUAUUUGAUGUAGGUAUGUAAACACAAUGGUUCAUUUGAAUUUAGAUUUAGAUUUAGAUUUAGAUUUAGGAUGCUUAAACCAUAUUGGCAUGGUAAGGCCACCACUUGCCGUGAUUUUGUUACAAAUAGUUAUAGUGAGUCCUGGGACUCAUCUUGUGAAAAAUCACGAGUCCCUGUCCAUACCCAGUUCAAAAAAACAAGGACUCCUAAAUUGAAAAUGCUUGGGCCUUCGUGUAACCAGACAGUUAAUCUGGAGACAGAGGCCAAAACUCUUUAUUACAGUUUACUGAAAUUAAAAUGUAGUCCUUCUAUAUACUAGAAGCACAAAAAAGACUAACAUAAAUAUGCAUCUUUAAACAACAGCCACAGAAAUCACACAAACAGGAUAUACUACCAAAAAAUCUUCAAAUCCAUCGAUUAUUCUUUGCGUCCUAUGGGAUGCAUCCCAUGAAUUAUUUUGUGUCUUUGCAGCGGAUUUUUAUACAUCAUGGACGCAGGCCGCAGAGGUAACAGAAUCACUGCACUUGAUUGCUACCAGAGAUUGUUGCAUCCCUGGUGGUUCAGUAUCACUUUUUUAUCCAAAACGUACAGAAUUUUCCUUCUACACAUACCUGAACUUCGAAAGCUGUAUUUAGAAACAGGAACAAACGCCAGCAUAUUGCACUUCUUGUGAAUAACUUUUUUGGUAGUUAUGGGUUUUGCCGGGUUGCCAGAUAGUUACCAGAAAACUGCCAGACUAGCUUCAGACAGAAUAUUUUGGCAAAAUCUCCAUUGCCAGUAGGAAAGAUAAUAAAUAUUUUAUGAUACAUUACUGUUUCUGCUUUAGCAACUAGUGAAUGGCUUCAGCCAUCAGUAUUGGGAAUAAAGCCCCCUGCCAGAGGAGUGCAUACAGCUACACUUGUAGGAAACCAGUUUGUGCUCUAUGGAGGUUCUUCUGAUUUUGAUGCCGAGACAAUGCAGUGUCAAGAAUUUUAUGGAGAUGUUCAUCUUAUAGACAAAGGUGAUUAAACAUUUUAAAGAUUAAAAGCCCAAAUGCUAAUUAUUUAAAUUUUCAUCUGUACAUCAGGGAUAGCCAUUGAGAUCUACUCCCCAACAACUUUAAUGAUUGUUAAACUCUGGGAUGUGAAACCACUUCCAAUUAGGUAAAUGCAAGAAACAAAUUUGUAGUCCUUUGUUCUGUAGAAAAAAGAAGUGAACUGUUUUAGCCACCCUUCCACCUUGUGACUUUCCUUGGGUUCCCAUGGUCUCUUGUUUUGUAAAACAACCCUUGGUUACCGUGUUUCAGAUAAAAAAUACAAGCAGUAAAAAUGUCUCCCAGCCCGCAGUUCUAAAAGGUGCUUCACAAAUAUUUAAAAUUUAUCAUAAUAAACUUACUAUGGCCAAGUACACUAGUCAAUUCAAUAAUUUACUCUAUGAUCUAUACCUCUAUGCCACCCACAGACCACUUUGUAAAUUUUUGGAUUUUUUUUUGCAGAACAACUUUUGUCUGGGAACUCCCUUGGCCCAGACCCUAAUGAUGUCCCCCCUGUCAUCCCACAAGGUGUCACCAGCCAAGUUGCUAACAUCACAGAAUGUGAAACAAUUGAAGAGGAGGACAGUAGUGAAUAUGAAGAGUCAUCAGAUGAACAACAGUGA